AUAUUGAGAUAACAUCAGAUUUUCUACAUUUGAUACUUUGCUACCUAGCUGCAGAUAAUUUUUAUGCGAUCAAUUCAUCCAACCAGCUUCUAUAAAUUGAACUUGCAACAAAGAUACAUCACAUCCUCAUCAUCCGACACGCGCCCAUCUCCCGUCCUCCAGACCCAAACCGGCUGGACACUUUCGCUGAUUCUACCCAAUUAUAGAUAUUUACGGUACAAGCGAUGCAAAGACAUCCUGGUGCUUGUCAAAAGUCAGCCCAGGUAGAGUUUUACGAGCGAGCCGGGGCUUUGCACGCUGUUGGAUCACGCACUUCCGUGUACUGUACGCAGUAUACGUAUUGUGUUUCCAUGUUAGCAAGGUACGGGGUAUCAAAAUUCCCUGAUACGUAACCUUUGAGGCACGCGUCCGGAGCUGCAGACGUUAGGCAGAUUCCGGUUUCUCUCUCCGCGGGAAAAGCCGUCGGAUUGGAAAAGUUUACUGCCUAACAAAGCUAGAUCUAUCGUCCAGACGAUUACACUCCUACUCAUCGCAACCACUUGGUUGGACGAAAGCUUGGCGUGAGUUCUGUAGGGCAGGGAUUCGGCCGUCUGGUGUAAAACUCCAUUUCACACCGCCGCGAACUCUGUUGUCUGUUCCGACCCGGCUGGAAGCCGAUAGGCAAGCAGAUACUUUGGACCGAAGCCUAGUUGAGUGCAAUUCGCGGAACCGUCCGAUAUAUCUCUGGAUGCCUAGCCUUUGACACAUACAAGGAUAUGCUGCUGUUGCAUAGGCUCUUCAAGAUCACAAUAUAUCUCUUGCAUACUACUAUUUUAAGACAGAUUGUAUCCUACAUCUCCUCCAGCUGCCGAGGGGCCAUGGCGAUAUUCGUAGUCCUUCCCCCUCCAUGAGAGCUCCAAUCUCAAAAUACACACAAUCAUGGCUGCAGUAAAUUAUACGCGUCGAAAGCCACCGGCAAGGCCUUCAAGGAAUCGAGAGACAGGCAGCAGGUACCUUCUCAAGAGCUUCCUGUAUGGAGUCUUGGCUGUUCUGGGAGCCGUGGCCUACUAUAUUGCUUCCCGCCAAUUGGGAGCAGACACCGCACAGUGGCUGGCACAUCAAGCCUCGAUCAUAGCCGCCACUGGAAAUCUGGACAGGCUGCUUUCCAGCCCAGCCCAGCAGGCUGCCAUUCCAAUCCAAGAGGCUGCCGGGUCGAUCCAGCAUAUUGACACGCCUACGCCCAGGCAUGUUAUUGUCUCUUACCACCCACUAGUUAUUAUCGUGGAGGACUUCCUUUCCCAGGGUGAAGCAGCGUACAUUGAGAAUUUGGCGCAAGGAGGUGGACGCAAUGUCUCGCACAGAGGGGAGUCUACCGCCCCGAGCUCCCCGAGAAGCUUGAAGUUUUCCGUUUCCACAACGGACCCCAUCGUGCAACGUGUAAUCACACGGGCCUCGAGCUUUCAGGGCUUCCUGCCGAAACAAAGAGUCCACGCAAAGGUGAUAAGGUACGCAACCGGCCAGCGGGAAAAGCCACACUAUGUGCAGUCACAUCGUGAGAUGCCCCGAAAGGCCGCUCGGCGACACGAGGCGACGAAUGCGUGCAUGGUUGCCGGGGCGGGACCGAGGCAUGGAGAUGUAAACAACGCGAGGGCGCCGGAACGCAGAAGAGACCACCACAAGCAGACACACCACCACCACAACAGCCGGCACAAAAAGGGGCUGAACCCGGGGUUCGGAUGCCAUAGCAACGGCAUCAGCGUCGAAGAAAGGCCCGAAUGGGAAACGACAAUCUCCGUGGUUCUCAAAGAGACGUGCGGAGGCGGCUGCGGGACGCAGUUCCCCAAGAUUCACAUCGACUGGUCGACCGAGGAUCGUCGCUGGUGCGACCUUGUCGACUGCGAUGAGAAGGUUCUCACCAUCAGGGCGAAGCCCGGGAACGCAAUCUUUUGGAAAAAUACCAACGCCGUAGGUGGCCGCGACGAUGCCACUCUGCACACGAGUUUGUCAGGGCCGAACGGCAACAAGGUCGAACUGAACAUUUGGGCACUCAACGGAAUGCCGGCUGUGUAGGAUAGGACUAGCUCUAGUUUCUAGAAAUAGUCUGGAACUAGACUGCAUGAACCACGUUAUAUGGUAACCC